AAAACCCAUUUCUUGUUUUUGUUGUUACUACAGCGUUAAUUACAACCGAAUAUGGCUGAUACCGAAGAAAAGAAGAUUGUCACCGAAGAGCAGGAAGUUGAAGCCUCUCCCGAUGUCCACUUUGAGCCUGUUAUCAAGCUUUCCGAAGUCGAAGUAAAGACUAUGGAAGAAAUGGAGGACGUUCUCUUCAAGAUGCGUGCUAAGCUCUUCCGUUACGACAAAGGCUUGAAGGAGUGGAAGGAGCGUGGUGUCGGUGAUGUCAAGUUCCUGCAACACAAGGACACCAAGAAAGUUCGUCUUUUGAUGCGCCGUGAUAAGACUCACAAGGUUUGCGCCAACCAUGCCAUCACUUCUGAGAUGAGCUUGUCUCCUAACGUUGGAUCUGACCGUUCCUGGGUUUGGAAUGUUGCCGCUGAUGUCUCUGAAGGUGAAGCCAGACAGGAAACUCUCGCCAUCCGUUUCGCCAACUCUGAGAACGCCAACCUCUUCAAGGAUAAGUUUGAAGAAGUCCAGAAGAUCAAUGCUGGUUUGACCGACGGCAAGACCGAAGAAAAUGAUGAGGAGGAAGAUGACGAAGAAGAGGAAGAAGAGAAGAAGGAUGACAAGAAGGAAGAAUAAGGAGAUGUUGAACACUGCAUUCGUACCUUCAAUAGCUCAAUUAAACGACGCUAGACUAUCAAUGCUUUCUCAACUUGUUUUUACAUGAUCAAAUAUACCUCGUAUAUUUUAUUUUUUUCAGUCAACCAUUUCUUUUCCCAUUAGUUGUUACUUUCCUUUGGGAAGCCCAAUUUUUCUAUAGGUUUGGUAUUUCGUACCCUCACCUUCGGGAUGUUGUUUCUGUAGUCUUCAGACCUUUCCGUUGCUCUCUUAAUUAUCAAAAUACAAACCCUUUGCGGUAUCGAGUUUAACCAAGUAUAUU